UGCGGAGGAGAAGAAGGUCCGCUCCCAUCGACGCUCCGCUCCUCUGCGGUUGAACUUCACUAAAGCGGUCAUUUCCUCCGCUGGAGCCGCCGCCGGACGCCGCCAUGUCCCUCACCGCCAUCAGCAGCACGCCGCCCGGCGGCAGGUCGUCCGGGAACGGCGGCCUCAACCUGGGAUACAGCCGGACCACGGGACUGCUGAAGAUCGGCCAGCUGCUGUCGCUGCUCGUCGCCUUCCUGUGCGUCCGGCUGGCCCGCGGUUGGCCCGACUGGUACGCCUUCCAGUUCUUCGAGGUGGUGGUGCUCUGGUUCCUGGUGGCCUUCCUCAUCUUCUUCCUCAUGCACCUGUGCAGGCUGCAGGUGAAGAUGCCCUGCAUCAACUGGCCGCUGGCGGAGUUCUUCCACUACUCUGUCGGGUCCGUCCUGAUCUUCAUCGCCUCCAUCAUCGCUGCGGUGAAAUGUGGCGCCGUUUCCUCCCUGGUGGUGGCGUCGGUUUUCGGGUUGAUUGCGACGUUCCUGAUGGUCGUCAAUUUGUGGACGUCGUACAGCGUCGCCUGCGGCCCGGCAGCCGGUGAACAGGAGUAAAAGUGACUCGUCGUGAAAAUGGCCGACAGCUGCAUCCUGCUCCAGUUUUCUGCCGGCAACAACCCGCUCAUCGAACCCGAUUGGAUGAAAAACAGAAUCUGGACCAAAACCGGCGAGCGGACCGGAUCAUUUUAGCUGAGUUCAGUCCGUCAGGCAGCUGAUCCACGUCACGUUUUUCUGUUUCAG